AUGGAAUGGUUUGGAAAGCCCGUCGGCGUCGGCGUCGGCGUCGGCGUCGUUGACCUGGUCUUGCUUCUCGCCGCCAUCUCCGUUGGAUUUGUCGCCCGUGGCUUCCCCAUCUUAACGCCAUCGACGCGACCCAAGUCUAUCCAGCAGUUCGGAUACUGCCGCCGUGCGCCAGAUGAGCCCCGCGACGGCGACAAUGCCGACUGUCCGUACGAGUAUCUCGUCCGGAUAUACGGUAGGCACCACUUUGCCUCCCUUGUCAAUGAGUUUCAACCUGCUCUGAGAGUCGAGGACGCGACCAAGUAUGAUCUCGUACUCGACAUCAUGGACGCCGUUCACUUCGCCCUCAUUCUCGUUGAUGACAUCUCAGACAAUAGCAGCCAGCGCAAGAACCAACCUACGGCACAUCUCAUUUACGGCGCCUCUGAGACGGCCAAUAGGGCCUACCUUGUCCUUACGGGCGUCAUCAACCGCGCCUUGCGCGAGCGACCAGUGCUCGGCAUUGCACUUCUCCAGGCCCUUGAGAGCAUCCUCCAGGGUCAAGACCUGUCUCUCGUAUGGCGUCGUGACGGUCUCCGUUCCUUUCGCUACGAGGGCAUCGAGAGCCUCGCCGCCUACAAGAAGAUGGCGGCCCUGAAGACAGGUACUCUGUUUGUCCUGAUGGGAAGGCUGCUCCGUGACGGUGGAGAUGAUGACGAUGACCUGCUCACACGCUUCGGUUGGUUUGCCCAGCUUCAAAACGACUGCAAGAAUAUUUACUCGCCAGAGUAUGCGAGCCAUAAGGGGGCCGUUGCCGAGGACCUGCGCAAUGGCGAGCUAUCGUAUCCCAUCGUACUUGCUCUCAAUGACAAGAACAGCCGCCGAGUCAUAGAACGUGCGCUGGAGUCGCACUCUGAUGACGAUGUCGAGGCAGCACUCGCGGCUUUGCAGUCGGAACCCGUCAAGGCUGCCUGCAUGAAAGCGCUGAAGGAGGCGAGUAUUGGCAUGGAUAAGCUUGUCCAGCUCUGGGGACGUCGUGAGCAGAUGCAAGCCAGUUCCAAGAAGGACUGA